UACACAACCUAAAAAUAAUCUAGGUAUGUACAUCAUCAUCAUGCAAUUGGUUUCUUGAAGCGCACAAUUCUUUAUUUAGACUUUAGUUUUUGUAUGUACAUUAUUGUGAGUUAAAAUAAACUAUGGAAGCUGAUUCUAGAGUCGUCUAGAUUAUUCUCUAAGUAUUUAAAAGUAAUGCACGGUUGGGGACUAUUCAGAUACUGUUUUGCUAUUUGACAUACAAGUUUUAUCUACAAACAAUAUUAUUACAACUAUUUAUUUAUAUUGUUAAUUAUUAAAGAGUAAAAAAUGACGAAGACAACACAAUCAGCCUUGGAAUUAAAAGAAAAAGGUAAUGAAGCUUUUCAAAAAGGUAAUUGGGAAGAAGCAUUGUCUUACUACACAAAUGGCCUCAAAAUAACUCCAGACGAGACUGCUGAGAAAGCUGUUUUCUACAAAAAUCGAGCGGCUGUUUAUUUGAAGCAAAAAGAUUACGAAAAAGUCAUCAAAGAUUGUGAUGAAGCUUUGAAGAUAACACCAAGUGAUCCCAAAGCAUUGUUUAGGCGUUGUCAAGCUUACGAAGCUCUGGGAAAGUACGAGGAAGCUUAUCGCGAUGCACGUUUCGUUGUUAAUUCGGAUCCUUCAAACAAAGCCAUUCAGCCAAUUCUUGCACGGUUGUUCGAAAUAGUCGAGGAACGGCUCCGUCAAAAUUCACGCACUUCUGCCAAAGUCUCACAAAUGUUCGACGUCGCGUUCAGCCUGGAGAGUGACAAGGAAAAGCGCGCUGCUGCUUUGAAUAAUUUGCUGGUUCUGUCUCGAGAACGUGCUGGCGCAGAAAUUAUGUUCAAAGAUGGUAUUAUUACAAAGAUACUGAAACUCUUGAAGAUUGAUAAAAAUAAUGAUGAGAUUAUUACUUCGUCCAUAAGAAUAAUUGCUGAGUUGUGCAAAAAUAAUGUUGAACGUACUGAGAUAAGUAUUCGAGAAAUAGGCAUACCCUGGUUUUUGGAAAUGAUUAAUAGCAACAAUGAAGAGAGAGUUAAUGCUGCUCAAUAUUGUAUGCAGACUGUUCUAAACAGUUACAGCGGAUUGGAAAACAAGCCCGACGCAAAACCAAAACAAGAGCUCUGUGAAAAAUACAAGAAAGAAAUCGAUACACUAUUAUCCUGCUUGGUAUACUCCAUAACAAACCGUACAAUAACAGGACUUGCUCGAGAUGCAAUUAUCGAAUUGAUAAUGCGUAACGUGCAUUACUCAGCAUUAGAUUGGGCCGAGCAGUUGGUGAACAUCAGAGGUCUCCAGCGACUAAUGGAAGUAGCCAGCGAACUCGAAGAAUACAAAUACGAAUCAGCUAUGAACAUAACUGCUUCAACUCGUACAGUUGUCAGCGUUUGUCUGGCUAAAAUUUACGAAAACAUGUACUACGACGCGGCUAAAGAAAAGUUCUGCGCCGCCAUCGACGAGUUUAUAAAAGAAAAAUUAUUAGAUCCAGAAGUAGAGUCAAAAGUUCGUGUUACCGUUGCAAUAACAACUCUACUCCUAGGUCCCCUUGACGUGGGAAAUUCUAUCGUCGCCAGAGACGGAAUCCUCCAGAUGAUCCUAGUGAUGGCCAGUACCGAUGACCUUUUGCAGCAGAAAGUCGCUUGCGAGUGUAUCGUAGCAGCCGCUUCUAAAAAAGACAAAGCGACUACGAUCAUCAGUCAGGGUGUUAAUAUCCUAAAAAAAUUGUACCAGUCCAAAGAUGACGCUAUCAGAGUCCGCGCUUUGGUUGGUUUGUGCAAACUCGGAAGCUCAAGUGGUACAGAUGCGUCAGUAAAACCAUUUGCCGAUGGAGCAACGAAGAAAUUAGCCGAAGCUUGCCGUAGAUUUUUGAUAAAUCCAAAAAAAGACAAGGACAUGAGGAAGUGGGCGGUGGAGGGUCUUUCUUACUUGACCUUUGAUGCGGAAGUAAAAGAAAAAUUAAUUGAAGACAAAGGAGCUCUUCACGCGAUGAUCGAGCUUGCUAAGUCUGGAGACAAGUCUGUUGUCUACGGCUGCGUAACUACUCUAGUUAAUUUAUGCAACGCCUAUGACAAGCAAGAGAUUAUUCCAGAGAUGAUGGAGCUUGCUAAAUUUGCCAAGCAGCAUAUACCAGAGGAGCACGAAUUAGAUGACCCGGACUUUGUUACUAAAAGAUUGGUUGCUUUGGCAAAAGAAGGAAUCACUACUGCGCUAGUUGCUCUGGCUAAAACAGACAGCGACAACAGCAAGGAACUGAUAGCCCGGGUUUUCAACGCGAUAUGCUCCCAGCAAGAGGUCAGAGGCAUGGUGGUCCAGCAGGGAGGAGCCAAGGCUCUGCUGCCCUUGGCAUUAAAUGGAACCAAGAAGGGAAAGAAGCAAGCUGCUCAAGCAUUGGCCAGAAUUGGCAUCACUAUUAACCCAGAAGUCGCUUUUCCAGGUCAGCGAAUCAUGGAAGUCAUCAGACCGCUGCUGAACUUGUUGAGCCAGGACUGCUCGGCUCUGGAGAACUUUGAAGCGCUGAUGGCGCUUUGUAAUAUUGCGGGGGUGAAUGAUGCCACUAGGAAGCACAUGCUCAAGGAAGGGGCGUAUCCUAAGGUUGAACAUUACAUGUUUGAGGAUCACUUGAUGCUCCAAAGGGCUGCGGUUCAGGUUGUUAAUAAUCUGGUGAUGUGUGAAGAUGCUAUCAAGCUCUUUGAAGGUGAUAAUGAUCGGGUGAAGUACUUGGUGAUUUUGUCCAGCGAUGAGGAUCAAGAGACUAGUCUUGCUGCUUCAGGAGCUCUUGCUAUGCUCACUGGGGUUAGUAACAAGGUUUGCCAGAAGAUAUUCGACAGUCGAAAUUGGCUUGAGUCUAUUCAUUUCCUCUUGGCUAAUCCCAAUUCUGAUGUCCAGCAUCGGGGGGUUGUUAUUGUGGCGAAUAUGAUUAAUAGUACGAAGGACACUGCCGCGAAGAUUAUUGAUACGGAUAUUAUGGAGAUUCUCAUGGCGCUUAUCAAGAGCGAGGAUGUGAAAAAUACAAAAAUUAAAGAUGUUGCGGCUACUGCGCUGGAAGCUGCUGCUAAGUGGAAACUUAUUGAGAAGAAACCUGAUGAAAUUAAUGAACCCAGCACGGAGAAUCAUCUGGAGUCGGUUGAAUAAUUUUUAUGUGUACUUGAUUUUUAAUGACAAUCAUUGCUUAUUUAAGUUAAAUAAUUAGCUGAUAAUUUUUUUAGGAAUAAGUAAUUAAAAUAAUGGAUUAAUCUAUCAAGACUUAUGAUCAAUUGUUGAAGAAUUGUUGCUUUUAUUUAUAUUAUAUAUAU